UCUUACAACUUCUUCCCCAAAUUCUAUUGACCACAACAUAUAUCAGACCACCUGGGGGUAGAGAACACUUAUGGAACUUGCCAAUAAUAUACUCGUUCUUGUUCUAUGGACCUAGCCUAAGCACUUUCGAAGGAAUAGAUACCUCAGGUGUGCCAUCAAGUCGGUAGGUUGGUGUGGCUGCCCGGUAAAGAUUCCGUGAUCGAGGGCUUAAUCUCGCAGCCCACAGGAAGCGGAGAUUCCCAUCAGCUUUUAGUUCCGAAGUUGGAAGUUUUUCAGCAGGAGGCUGGAGAGUACGUGAUGGGUACUUUCCCUUUGGUUGGUUUUUUAAGAUCUCAUCAUUUAACAUCGGCCAAAGGGCAGCUAACUGAUUCCCGACUAUCGCAUGAUCAUAAUCUCGAGGAGUACUUGGUUCAGGAGGAGUGUGAAGAUGCAAGUGGAGCUUGUAGAUGUCAAUAGUAUUCCGUGACUAACUAGACGACAAAGUUACUGAUGUUGGAUGCAUUAGUCGUUACUACAUAAGGCAUGCGGAGUGGUGGGUUACCAUGUGGAUGCAAGAUAUGCUGAGAUGGAGAGACGUAGUCGUUGAAGUAGUUGCUGAGGCAGUGUGUGUCAGAGAGUGAACCAGGAGGCAUGCGGAGUGGUAGAGACCAUGUGGACGCAAGAUGCUUAGCUGGCGUGGGAUAAACUUGAGGAGCAAGUUUAUACCGUGGAGAAAAAGGCAAGAGAUAAACUUGGGGAGCAAGUUUAUGCCUUGAGGAAUAAGUGCAUUUCAAGAAAAGGAAAGUGUACUUAUUGAUAUGGAAGUUGUCCAUAUUCAUGUUCAUUGGAGACUAGGGUUUCAGGAACGUGGAGAUCAUUCUAAAAGAGCUAUGGAGUCGUCUGUAUUCCAUAAGACACUCGCUAUUAUUAUAGAGGAAGGGUGAAAAUCCCUUAGGGGUGUUCUUGGGUUGUGCUGAAGCAGAUGCUGAAGUACUGACGGGAAAGAGACAUGUUUGGGUAGAUUAGGAAUCUGUCAGUAACGUGUGUUAGGGUGUUAACACUGACGUGUAAAAGCUGAUAAGCAAGUCUUGUAAUAGAUUGUUUAGGCGAUUUCUAAUAAAGCAUAGUUGGUUGCUUGUAUCUAUUUUGUCUCUUGAUUUAUCUUCUGCAUUACUCAAUUGUGGUGUCAUCUUUGCACUAACAAGUGGUAUCAGAGCGGGUCACCUAAGUUACUGGUGUGAUCCUGAAGGUGAAGAUGUACAUGGUUGUUCUAUGCAGAAGACAAUCAUGUUGAAGGAUGGCCGGUAUGGUCAUUGGAAGGUGCGCAUGAAGCUGUUGGUUCGAGGAAUCAAUGAUGCUGCGUGGAUAGCUGUGAAGACUGAGUGGGAGGAUCCUACCAUAUUUACAGCAGAGGAAAAGAAGCCCAAGCCUAAGGAGCCAAGACAAGGAGUGUUUCGAGAGGUAGUUCGAGAAGUAGUUUGGCGGAUGCGUCAGAGUCUGAUGCAGUAUGCAUGAAGGAGCAGACGGGUGUGUCUGUGAUGGAAGGCUUGACAUCUAAGCAUCUUUGUUUUAGCUUAGUAUGCAAUCAAGCAGGGGGAGAAGUGGUGACGUUCUGGUCCAAGGAGUGCAUAUCUCGUGGGGGAGAAGAGCAUGGUGAUGGACGUCCUGAUGUAGAUGGUGCAUAUCUCGUGGGGGGGAGAAAAGCAUAUCUAUGUAAGAAGAUGAAGAUAAUGCAACUUUUGUGGGGGGGAAUGGCAUAUCGAGUGUGGAAGUUUCCAGGUGAGGAAACGUGGUUGUUGAACCAGAAGGAUAUUGUGCUUGAUCGGCACACAAAGCUAAAAGGGGGAGAUUGAAGAUGCAAGUGGAGCUUGUAGAUGUCAAUAGUCUUUCGUGACUAACUAGACGACGAAGUCACUGAUGCUGGAUGCAUUAGUCGUUACUACAUAAGGCAUGCGGAGUGGUGGGUUACCAUGUGGAUGCAAGAUAUGCUGAGAUGGAGAAGGAUAAACUGAGGGUUUAUGUCUUGACGUAGUCGUUGAAGUAGUUGUUGAGGCAGUGUGUGUCAGAGAGUGAACCAGGAGGCAUGCGGAGUGGUAGAGACCAUGUGGACGCAAGAUGCUGAGCUGGCGUGGGAUAAACUUGAGGAGCAAGUUUAUACCGUGGAGAAAAAGGCAAGAGAUAAACUUGGGGAGCAAGUUUAUGCCUUGAGAAAUAAGUGCAUUUCAAGAAACGGAAAGUGUACUUAUUGAUAUGGAAGUUGUCCAUAUUCAUGUUCGUUGGAGACUAGGGUUUCAGGAACGUGGAGAUCACUAUAAAAGAGCUAUGGAGUCGUCUGUAUUCCAUAAGACACUGGCUAUUAUUAUAGAGGAAGGGUGUUCUUGGGUCGUGCUGAAGCAGAUGCUGAAGUACUGACGGGAAAGAGACAUGUUUGGGUAGAUUAAGAAUCUGUCAGUAACGUGUGUUAGGGUGUUAACACUGACGUGUAAAAGCUGAUAAGCAAGUCUUGUAAUAGAUUGUUUAGACGAUUUCUAAUAAAGCAUAGUUGGUUGUUUGUAUCUAUUUUGUCUCUUGAUUUAUCUUCUGCAUUACUCAAUUGUGGUGUCAUCUUUGCACUAACAGAGUGGCUGGAGGUUUGAAAAAAAAGAGGUUUAGCCCAUGAUCCCAAAGAAGGGACAAUUUUUUCUGAAGCUUGGACCCUGCUAUCAUCGUGAGAGUGUGAGGCAAAGGUCUCGGAUGGUGCUGGUUGAAACAUCGGAGCAUCGCUUUCAGUAACCAAGUUUACUGCAUUGACGGAGAUAUCCGAACUUCCUAAGCCAGAGACGGUGAGGGAAUGUCACAUACUUGAACUAUAACAGCUUCUGAGGUCAAUGGAGGAACCACAGUUUCAAGCAGAGAAGUUUCGUAAGACGUCACUACAGAAGCUUUCUCCAUUGUUUCUCUCACAUCAGUUCCCAGAGGAGUUUGAGUUUCAGAGAUCUCCGAACCUUUAAGACAUUCCGUAGCCGUUGAUGCAAGUAACGGCAGAGACGACGAACGCAUCAGGGACGGAGACGACGAAGAGGGAAGAACCAAAAACGCAGUUGGUUCAUCUAUCUCUGGAUCCAUGGCGGGGAGGAGACAGGUCACCACGAAGUGGAUAGACCUACCGGCGACGACUCCCUGCGGCGGACUCGUCGAAUCUCACGGCGUGAGUAAGCUAGGAAUUCGCUUUUACAUUCGCUGUUUUUUGGGGGCGCGUGGAUGUAACGUGGUGUUUGUUUCCUCUCUCUUUCAUGCCCUGAAUCUAAUUCUCAAUGUCAUCCAGCAUCGCCAUAUUGUGUCGUCGUCCUCGAUCGUUUUGACUACUAAAUCAGCCGUUGCAUCCACUCUUAUUCCCAGGUCUCGAGUAAAGGAGCCUUAGAUUAUUUGAUGGUUUUUUAGGGGAAGGAGUAGGAACUACAUUUUCGACGUUCUAUAAAUAUAUAACUGUGUAUGAAGUAGACUACUGUGCUUAUGUUGAAUUGAGAAGAGAGGUCUCGAGUAAAGAUGGGUAUGUUGAAAGUGGGGAGUAUGAGGUGGUUUUGAGUCAUGGUGAGUCAUGGUCAAGCUGGAAUCAGGUUUAGUCAUGAUCAUGUUAGUGAUGAUCCUGUCAUAAGCCGAACACCGGUUUAGUCAAUGCUCUGAAGUGCCUCUCUGUUUCUGUACUUUUGGUUGUAUUUGAAAUGUUUCCGUGUGUUAUGAAUCACGGUUUCAAAAUUUCCAUUCAAAUCAAAUAAGACUUAUACACUUCUGCCAAAAAAAAAGAAAACAACUUUCAUAUUAAACAGAGAAACAAGAACUGUCAUUACAUAAGAAUGUAGUUAGAAAACAAAUAGGAAGUGGGAAAAAAAUCUAAUAGAAACAAGAACGAGAACAAUCUAAGGACUCCUUACUUGGAUCAUCAACUUGAUCAAACAUGUCAGCAGGGAAAUCAUCUGAGGAAACAUCAGCUUUUUCAUCAUCUUUUGAAACAAGUCUGCAUCUUCUAGCUGCUGAGGAGGAGCGAACAAGGGCUCAGCAGGUCCGUGGAUAUCAUAGAAAGAAGGAUUCCGGCAACCUCAAGGCUUCAUCAACUUGGCGUGAUGAGCAAGGAAGAGUCUGAGGAUGAACACACAAAAAAAGGAGAAUAUAUUAACUAUUAAUUUCAAGAGAUAUGAAAGGGGAUGAAUAGUUUAAGAGAACAAGCUGCGUUCCAAGCUUACCUAAACCUCCUUCGUCUUUCUCCAAAGAGUGAUAUUAGGAGAAUAGGAUAAUUACCAAUUAUCUCGUACACAAAACAAAAAAAGGAAACUUACCAAUGUUGUUAUGUGUCCAUAUUUAUUUAGGAUAUUUUCCUUUUUUUCUUAUAAGGUUUACGGAGGUUAACAUGUAUAUAUAUAGGUGUAUUGUGCAAACUUGUUCAAUAAAAAAGUAUUCACAAAUCACAAAGUGUGAGUCAAUCGUUUGCUACUCUCAUAGCUUCUCAUAGCUUCCUCAGUUAUUUCCAACCCAGAGAGAUGUGGCGGUAUCCUAGAAACCUCGACAGUUGCUGUAUCUACAGAGUCCCGGACUGUAUACGCGAAGUAAAACCAGAAGCAUACACGCCUCAACUAGUCCUUAUUGGACCUCUUCAUCGUCCACUGAAAUUUCAAGAUCUCAAGGCUCUUGAUCGUGGAGAUGAUAUUACAUACACAACGUCAAUGAAGUACUUAUACAUGGAAGAACAUAAGAAGAUUUACUUGGCGGCAUUCGCAGCAAGGUUUGAAGGCGAAAAGACCAUCGAUAGAUUCAACAGAAUAUUUGAAGAAGAGGAAGAGAACAUCAUCGAUAGAUUCAAAAGAAUCAUUGAAGAAGAGGAAGAGAACAUCAGGGAAAGCUAUUCAGAAUCAACGGCCUGGAUUAAAUCUUCAGAGUUUGUGGAGAUGGUCCUGCACGACUCUGUUUUCAUAAUAGAGUCGAUACUGAGGUUUCUCAUAAAAGGAAGAAAGAAGACAGGAGAUCGUCUCAUGGACUGGGGAUGUCUUACAUACACACUCUUUGAUGAUCUCAUCUUGCUCGAGAACCAGCUUCCUUACUUCAUCCUUGAGAAACUCUUCGAUCCAAUCGUCCAAAGAAUCUUGCCGCAAAAAACGUUUUGUGACCUAAUCAUCAGUUUCUUCAACCUCCAAGGUAAAAUCGGAGAUGAUUCCAAAUUUAGACAUUUCACUGACCUGCAGAGGUGUGUCCGCGUGGAGACACUUCCCAACCAUGAUGUUUGUAUUCACCAACAACACAUACAACAUGCUUAUAAUGCGGAUAAGCUAGAAAGCGGGGGAGUACAAUUUGAGGCCGUAGGAGAAGAGUUCUCAUUGAAUGUGAGGUUCGAGAAUGGUUGUUUGAAGAUGCCUCGUCUUAUGGUUGAUGAUAGACUUGAGAUGACACUGAGAAACAUAAUGGCUCUUGAGCAAUGCCAUUACCCUUUCAACGCCCACGUAUGUAGCUACAUCUUUUUCAUAGAUCACCUCAUUCACACCACAAAAGCCGCUGACUUGCUUGUCGAGAAAGGAAUCAUAAAGAAUCGGACUGGGGAACGCCAUCCAGUCAAGCAAAUGGUGUACAAGCUCAGGUCUGGCAUCCCUGAGACUGGCUCUUACUAUUCUGAUAUAGCAAAUGAAGUCAACAAGUACUCUGAAAGCCGGGUGAACAGGUCAAAGGCCGUCCUGAAGCGUGCGUUUUUUGGUAACAUCUUGUCAGGGACAGCCACCAUCGUAAUUACCUUAUUAUUGGUGAUGACACUUAUCCGGACUUGGGCAAUGGUCACUCAGAUUAAUCAGCACAAAUCUUAGAGAUCCUGUUGCAUCUCUAUCUCUCUCUCUCUUUACUAAGUACUUCUAAAUAAUCUCUUUCUCUCUGUACUACUACUUCUCAAUCAUCUCUCUCUUUACUGCCUACGUUUUUUCUUUUUAUGUAAAACUCUUCUCAACACAUAAGCUCUCUUUUAAGAUAGUUUAUCUGUAGCGCAGGCUCAAAAUAAGAACAAAGAUACAUUAAAAUCAUACAACCUUUUACCACAUGAGCUAUUAAAUUACAAACAAAUACGAACAUAUAUAGAUGUUUUUUUUUUAAAAGUCGUUAUUUUCAUAUAUGAUUUGAAACGCAGCAAGGUUAGUGUGUAAAAUUUAAGAUUGAUUAGAUCAUACAAACCUUUACCAGAUGACUACGUGAGCUACGUUAUGGGUCAGUUUCAAACAAAGAAUAACAGAGCUCCAUAGAUAUGUAAUAACACAUGGAGGGUUAACGAAAGUAAGUUCGUGGAAACUGCCUUGCAGUCUGAACUCAGAGUCGAUGGUCGUGGGCCUUUAUGAUUACCGCAAGCUUACUAUUAAGUCUGGAAAGUAACUGCUCUAACUUAGUCA